AUGGCCGAUGUGGGCUCAGGUGACACCCCAGCAAAGCGAUCUCUGAUUGGCUGGCCACUGAGCGGAACUGGAGGUCGACGGGCCCAAAGCCAAGAUGGCGGCGGGCGGGGAGCGCCCUCGAGCAAAAUGGCGGCCAGCGAGAAGCGGCGGCUGGCCCUGGCGCCCGCCGCCCCGGCCGCCCCGGCCGCCGGCGGCCCCGAGGCCGAGGCAGAGUUCCUGCGGCAGGCCGGCGUGACCGACAUGGUGCGCGAGGCCCUGAUGAAGGUGCUCGAGGCCCGGCCGGAGGAGCCGAUCGCCUUCCUGGCCGGCUACUUCGAGAAGCUGGCGCAGAGCAGCGCCGAGGCGGACGAGGCCGCGGCGGACGGCGGCGACCCGCAGCGGCAGCUCCGGCUGCGCCUCGACCGGGCUUCGUGGUUCUUGGGCCUGGCCCACCAUGCCCACAGGUCGGCCUUUAACAACAACGUCAGCAUGGCCUACGACACCCUGGCUGCCGGCGGGAGGCGGAAGAAGCCAGGGGUCACCGGGAAGCUCUACAGCGAGGUGCUGAGGCAGCUUUGCCACGAGAGGGGGGUCCCCGAAGAGAUCACACUCUCCCUGCUGCAGAAAGUCGCGUGCCGGGAGAACGAGGUCGUGCUCUGCGACGUCUUCCGCUACGGGGCCCUGACCUGCCUGGUCCUGUGCGAGUUCUUGGCCAAGGUGGACACCCUGUAUGAUGCACUGGGCAGCGGCACCAGUGGGGCAGACAAGAGGGUCUGCCUGGCGGCCCUGGGCACUCUGGAAGACGCCCUCCACGCCUCCCAUGCCUCCGCCCCCGCCCGCUACUUGGAGGCCGGAUCCAAGCUCAGGCCAGACCGCUUGGCUUUGGCCAUGGACAGAGCGCUGGGCGAGAGGAAGGCAGGAGAGGCCCUGGAGAAGGCCGAGUUCCUGCAGAGAGCAUCAGCCAUCUUUCUUGCGAAACUGAAACCUGUGGGCUAAACCUGGUCGUGGGACAGACAUUGACAUUUCCUGUUCACCUGCAGCUAGGAUUGGGAGGCAGGUUGAGGCCGCCUGUUUUGCGUCUUUUGGCAGUGGGUGAAUGUGGGACGAGGGAUCCAGAUGGGCUAAGAGUGGCUCAGCUUCCCUGUUGUUGUUGGUGUUGGUGUUGUUAAUUUAUUUUUAACACAUAAAAUGCAUAGAAAAUAAUGUACAAUAAAAAACUAAUAUAAGCAUAAUAAACUAAAUGAACAAAAUAAAGUUGCCAAGAGAAUUAUAAACAAACGCAACCCAUAUAUUGCAGCCCCCAAAACUGAUUCUCUUCCUCUCUUCCCAUGCUCUAUGAGAGUUUGCAAAAAAGAAAGAAAAACCCAUUGUUCUAUACAUCAACAUUUUCUAAUCAGUUCAAAUUCUACUGCUUUCCUUUUUCCUUUCCAGCUCCCCUGAACUUCCAUUAAUCACACGAAGCACAAUAAAAUUUCCAUUUGUCAUUAAAUUAUUCUAAUGAUCUUCUGUCUGCACAAUUAGUUAGCUUUGUCUUUGUCGUCACUGCAUAUUUGGCUAAUCUAUUUCUCCAUUCUUCAAUGCUUGGGGGGCUCCGGUGAUUUCCAUUUUGAAGCUAUUGUGAUUCUUGCUGCCAUGGUUAUACUUCAAUAAGUCUGACUUUUUUUUGAAGCAUCUCUGGCAUGAUAUUCAAAAACUUGUUCUUGGGUCUCAUAGGAAACUUAAUUUUAAAGAUUUCCUGCAUGUA